AUGUUAUUAUCAACAGAGGAUCUGAUGCACGGUCACUCUGCGUUGAACCAGAGUGCGUUGUUCGGCUGUUCGGCCGCCGGACACAGCGGCAUCAACCAGCUGGGCGGCGUCUACGUGAACGGGAGGCCUUUGCCCGACUCGACGCGGCAGAAGAUUGUCGAAUUAGCGCACUCGGGCGCGCGCCCUUGCGACAUUUCGCGGAUUCUGCAAGUGUCCAACGGAUGCGUCAGCAAGAUAUUAGGAAGAUAUUAUGAGACCGGUUCAAUAAAACCCCGAGCGAUUGGCGGGUCCAAACCUCGGGUAGCAACCACACCGGUCGUGAAUAAAAUCGCCGAUUACAAGCGCGAAUGCCCAAGCAUUUUCGCUUGGGAAAUUCGAGAUCGCCUUCUCUCCGAAGCGGUCUGCAACAACGACAAUAUACCCAGCGUGUCUUCAAUAAACCGCGUUCUGCGCAACCUUGCUUCACAAAAAGAGCAACAAGCGAACUCUCAAAACGAAUCUGUUUACGACAAAUUGCGAAUGUUUAAUGGUCAAGCACCAGGAUGGGCAUGGUACUCUGGAGCAGGAGCACCUUCUCAUCUCGGUUUGCCGACCACGCCGACGGCACAAGUGGCCGCUGGACAAAUCACCAGAGACGACCUGCAAAAAAGAGCAGAGAUGUCAUUAGAAAGCACGUCCGACGGAAAUUCAGAACACAAUUCAUCAGGUGAUGAAGAUUCACAAAUGCGAUUGCGGCUGAAAAGAAAAUUGCAACGGAAUCGCACGUCCUUCACGAACGAACAAAUCGACAGCCUGGAGAAAGAAUUCGAGAGGACGCAUUAUCCUGACGUGUUCGCGCGCGAGAGACUGGCGGAGAAAAUAGGAUUGCCUGAGGCACGUAUCCAGGUUUGGUUUAGUAACAGGCGAGCUAAAUGGAGACGCGAGGAAAAACUUCGAACCCAAAGACGUACGAGCGAUCAUCCAGUGGGAACGAGUCCGCCGGCACCACCAAGCAAUCCGCCGCGGUUGCCUCUGCAAAGCGGGUUUAAUUCUAUGUACUCAUCUAUACCACAACCUAUUGCAACGAUGGCCGACACUUAUAGUCCAAUAUCAUCAUCGUUGGGUUCUAUGACAUCAAGUUGUCUGCAACAGCGCGAAAGUUAUCCGUACAUGUUCCCUGAUGCCUUGCAUUCCUUGGGAGCCCCAUAUGGUCAUUCGAGGCCGCCAUGCAAUCCAGCCGCCGCACAUCAGCAACCACCGCCCAAUCCUCACGCUUCUUACGGCAACCCGGUCAGCGCCGCAAAUAGCACAGGAGUGAUAUCAGCCGGUGUAUCAGUUCCCGUUCAGAUCCCGUCUCAAGCGCAGGAGUUAUCGGUAGCGAACUACUGGCCGCGUCUCCAGUGA